UCGCCCCGCGCGGUUUCCCUGGGUCGCGAUCAGCCGCUCGGCAUGGCAGCCCCCGGAGCUGCGGGGGGCGCCUUCCUGAAAGAUGUUGUGGCCUACGUUGAGGUGUGGUCUUCCAGUGGGACAGAGAAUUACUCAAAAACAUUUACAAACCAACUCCUGGAUAUGGGGGCAAAGGUAUCAAAAACUUUUAACAAACAAGUAACUCAUGUUGUUUUCAAAGAUGGGUACCAGAGCACUUGGGACAAAGCCCAGAAGAUGGGGGCAAAGCUCGUAUCCGUGCUCUGGGUGGAAAAGUGCAGGACAGCCGGAGCACGCGUCGAGGAGUCGCUGUUCCCUGCCACCAACACUAACGAGCUCUUGCCGUGCCUGAUGAGGAGGAAGCGUAAGUGUAUGCAGCCCAAAGAUUUUAUUCCUAAAACACCAGAAAAUGACAAAAGACUUCAAAGGAAAUUUGAGAAGAUGACUGAAGAGCUACAGAAGCAAAAGAUGACCCCAGAUAAUGACUCAUCGAUGUAUAGUCCCACAACUCAAAUUAGUGACCACCACAGCACAAUGGAGAAGAGAUUACAAGACAUGAAGGAGAGGAGGGAAAAUCUUUCCCCUACAUCUUCCCAGAUGACUGAGCAGUCCCAUGAGAAGCCAGGUAACCCUGCGUCUGCGUGUGAAGCGACUUUGAACAUUUCACCUGAUAUUUUGUGUUCAGACGACUUCUUUGCUGGUGGCUCGCGCUCACCUUUGGAUGCUUUCCGUGGAGAAUCGAGAUGUAGAAACCAGGGAAGCCAAUCGGGAAGGACUAGUAAUGGAACUAGAAGUGAUACGUGCACAUCCUCGUGUGUGUUAGAAACAGACAGCACUUGUUCACCAGCUCUGUCUGGUCGCCUCUGUCCGUCAAGCCCUCAGAGAUCCGUGAGUCCUCUUUCAGAGGAGGAGAGGAGUUGGCAGAAAGACGCUGUAGGAGGAGCAGUCGCCCCCGACGGGAGGCCAGCCGAGGGUGUGUCUGAGGACCGCUCCACAGCGCCUGCUUCCACGGUGUUGGUGCACUCACGGCCCUGGAGCGCCUCCCCCAGGUGGGAGGGAGCAUCCGUGGGCUUGGGCUCACCUCCAGAAGAGCAGGUGAAGAAAAGGAGACUCGGUCGAAAGCCUGUCACGCCCAGGUCGCAGCUCGGGUUGAAGCGUGGCCUGCUGCUAGCCGCCAGGCCUGCCCCCGCCACUCCUGAUGGUGGGGAGUCCUACGAGGACUACUUCUCACCUGAAAACCUGAGGGAAAGGCGUUCGGAGCAGUCUGCUGCCGGAUCUCCACUGCCAAGCCCUGCGCAGCUCGGCUGCAGGAGUCUUUCUAAGAGGAGGGGAACGAGUUUCAUAGAAAUGGCUGAUUUUUCCUGCAUUGGUGGAAGCCCCAGAUCGGUCCCUGUGACUCAGCUAACAGCAAAAACUUGCUCCCAACUUCAGAAGCCUGAAAAAUGUCAAGAGAACCCAGAUUCCGGUCGCACAGCUGCAGGGGAGACGCCUGCCGCCGAGGACGGCCAGGGAGGCACGGGGCAGGCUGAAGACGCUCGCCCACCUGGAAGCCCUGCGCCACCAGAAGAACGCGAGGGCGACUUGUGUCCCCCCAAGCGAAGCUGGGAGGACGUGAGAGGGUCCCUUUGUGCACAAAGCAGGCAGGAAAAAGGCUCCCCUUCCUCCAUGCUGGACCCUGCCAACGCCGGGUGCUUCACCUCCAAACUGAAUUUUGAAGCUGAUUAUAAUGUGGAGAAAUCUACAGAAGAGAAGGAAAACCUGCCCACGGCGUAUAGCGCAAGUGCCACAAGGAAGGCUGCUCCAGAAGGCUCUCAUGAAGGCUUUCAGGACUGCGUCCAGCCGCCUGAGGAAUCGAAGGAAGGCGGGAAAGGCCAGAAGCCAACAAGAACGUUAGUCAUGACGAGCAUGUCAUCCGAGAAGCAGAAUAUCAUCAUCCAGGUGGUGGAUAAAUUGAAAGGCUUUUCCUUUGCGCCAGAGGUCUGUGAGACGACCACCCACGUGCUGGCCGGGAAGACGCUGCGCACCCUGAACAUACUGCUGGGCAUUGCGCGUGGCUGCUGGGUGCUCUCCUACGAGUGGGUCCUGUUGUCUUUGGAGAUGGGUCACUGGAUUUCCGAGGAGCCCUUUGAGCUUUUUAACCACUUCCCUGCCGCUCCCGUCUGUCGACUUGAGCGCCAUUUGUCUCCUGAGCAGUACCGGGGAACCCUCUUUGCCGAUCAGCCCAUGAUGUUCAUCACGCCGGACAGCAGCCCGCCGAGGGCCAAGCUGUGUGAGCUGGUCCUCCUGUGUGGAGGCCAAGUCAGCCAGGUUCCUCGCCAGGCCAGCAUCGUGGUCGGGCCCUACGCUGGGAAGAAGAAAGCAACAACCAAGUACCUGUCGGAAAAAUGGGUCUUAGAUUCAAUCACUCAGCACAAAGUCUGCGCCUUUGAAAACUACCUGUUGCUGUAGUGAGGAAGACACCAGCACAUGGCAUCUGAAGACACUUGCAAAGCCGUCCUGGGAUGCUCAAGUGAGGAGCAGACGGUGAAGAGAAGGAGCCCA